ACCCCUACCCCUACCCCUGCUGCAGUGCUAUAGGCUAGCCCUACCUCCCUGCUCCUGUUUCCUCUCUUUCUCUCUCGCCUCCUUCGCUUCGCUUCCAUUGGUGGUGGUCUCCAUUGCUCCCUUCCUCCCUGCCUUUUUCUUCCAUAAGUAGUAGUAGUAGCGGGAGUGGCCGCCGCCGCAGCCAUAGAUCUGCGGCGCCGCGUAUCUCGCGGCUGGUUUGGCUGGUGCGGUUAGCGGCUAGGGUUUUGGUUGUUUCGUCUGAUCGAUCCUCCCCGAUUUUGCGGCGGCGGUGGUGAAUUGGUGUGUGAUCUGAUAUGGCUGGCGGCGGCGGUGGCGGGGGAAGGGGGGAGGGGGAGGGGAGGGCGGCGACGGGGAAGAGGGAGAGGAUAGCAAUACGGAGGAUCGACAACCUGGCGGCGAGGCAGGUGACCUUCUCGAAGCGGAGGAGGGGGCUGUUCAAGAAGGCCGAGGAGCUCUCCAUCCUCUGCGACGCCGAGGUCGGGCUCGUCGUCUUCUCCGCCACCGGCAAGCUCUUCCAAUUCGCCAGCACCAGCAUGGAACAGAUUAUUGACCGGUACAACUCGCAUUCCAAGACACUUCAGAGAGCAGAACCUUCUCAACUCGACUUACAAGGGGAGGACAGCAGUACUUGUGCCAGACUAAAGGAGGAGCUUGCAGAAACUAGCCUUAGGCUGAGGCAGAUGAGAGGAGAGGAGCUGCACAGGCUGAAUGUGGAACAGCUGCAGGAGCUAGAGAAGAGCCUCGAGUCCGGUCUAGGCUCUGUUCUCAAGACCAAGAGCAAGAAAAUUCUGGAUGAGAUCGAUGGACUGGAACGAAAGAGGAUGCAAUUGAUAGAGGAGAAUUUAAGGCUGAAGGAGCAACUGCAGGUGUCCAGGAUGUCAAGAAUGGAGGAGAUGCAGCCUGGGCCUGAUUCAGAAAUCGUGUACGAGGAAGGGCAGUCGUCUGAAUCUGUCACCAAUGCUUCUUACCCGCGACCUCCACCCGACAACGACUACAGCUCUGAUACAUCUCUCAGGCUCGGGUUGUCACUCUUCAGCUCCAAGUGAUGGCUGGAAACUAAAACUGAGAGGAAACAGCUGGAUGGCAUGCCUGCAUCGCCAAAUGAUCAGUGCAUGCACUGCAAGACUGCAACAAAUAACACAGUUUUAGAUUGCCAGAUGAUGAUGUGUGUGUGCUGAGAGUCACUGGCUAUUAUCGUACACAUAAUAACAAUAGAACGAACAAGUUCUUCUGUUCUUGGAUGUUACCUGAAUUCUACUCCCAUACAUGUUGUCAAUGGCUCUGUAAUCGAGUGUCUGCAAUUCCAGCUGAAAGCAACCGAUUACAGGGAAAUAAGCUAUUUUUUCUUAAAGUUCUAGCUAGCUUGGUACAGUUCAUAAGCCGUAGAAAAACAAAGGCAAAUAGGACAAUAUAUCAAAAGUCAUUUUUAGGUAAAGCUUUUA